UAACAUUAAUGGCAUCAAACUCUAGAAGCUCGAGCUCGUCAUGGACGUUUAAGCAGAACAAGAUCUUCGAGAGAGCCUUGGCAGUUUACGACGAGGACACACCUAACCGAUGGCACAAUGUGGCAAACGCUGUCGGAGGGAAAUCUGUAGAGGAAGUGAAGCGACACUAUGACAUACUCGUUGAAGAUCUCAUCAACAUCGAAACUGGUCGUGUCCCUUUGCCCAACUACAAGACCUUCGAAUCUAACUCCAGAGGCAUCAAUGACUUCAACACGAGGUUAAUGAAGAAUUUGAAGAUCUAAUGAAGUUUAUCACGUUUAAAUGUAAAGAUUAAGAAGACUAUGUGACUCUUCUGUCUCUAUUAAAUUAGUGAUGAUGUUUGUAUUUGAUUGUUUGCUUUCAUAUUGUGUGUUUGUACUUUGUGUCCUAUUAUAUAAUUAAAGAAUUGAAGAAAGUAAAACUCAGU